AUGCAUGUUCAUCAGAAAGUUGAUUGUGCAACUUCUUUGUGUAAUCUUUUAACUAGUCUAAAUGAUUGUAUCAGUCAAGAAGAACAAUUAAUGAAGUUCGAAAUUCAAUGUAAUGCCCUUUCAACAACUGGAUUACCAAUGUUAAAACAAAUGAAUUUGAGUAUUUGUUAUGAUGCUAUAUAUAUCAAAAAAUGGAAUGAAUUAAUCACUGAACAUAUAGAUAAUAUUAAUGUUGGACUUUGUGUUAGAGAACAAGAAAGCAAUACAUGCCAAAUUUUAUUUACAUCAUUAAUACAAGAUCAACAAGAGAUAUCUGAAGUUAUUGUUACACUACAAAUAACAUUGAAUUAUCUAAUUUCGGUGGUUGACCUUGCACUUAAAGCUAAUCUAUGCAAUAAACUAUACGAUGUUCUUAAUACUUUCUUUUGUGAAGCACAGAACAAAGUAAAUGUUGGUCAAGAACAGAAUAUGAAUGUUAACAAUCCAAUUGUUACAAAACAUAAAGGAUGCUAUCCUAAAAGAUUCAAAUCAGCAGUAGAAGAAACUUCAAGUAAGAGUAAGAAUCAGUUAAAAGUUAAUACAUCAUUGAAUGUAGUUAACGAAGGUUUAGGAAUAGGUUCAAGUAUUAAUGAAGCUAUAUAUAAUAAUAAGGGUCAUAAAUGUGAAAAAUGUAAGGAGUAUGGUUAUUAUGCAAAAACAUGUAAUCAUUAG